CUGUUAUAUAAUUCGAGUGAUUUAAAAGAUCAAAUACUGUACAUUAAUUUAUGGAACAACAUGUUUCAACUUUUUCUUUUUAUUACGCCCAAUGAUGCUUACAUUAUACUGUAUUAUGUUUCUGGAUGGAAAUGCUGAAAUCGUACUCCUCUCCUAAGAGCUGCAGUGCCCCUCCCAUUUCCCUCCAUCUAAAUAGACAUCACCAUAUGUGGAGUGGGUCCGUGACAGAAUAAGCCUGAACCAGUGAGCCAUUGUUUUCCGAUCACAAGCAAGGAAAAGAGCUCAGAAGAAAAAUGGAUCCUAGUAAGUAUCCAAAUGAGCCUCCGGCCAACUGGAAUACAUCAGAGAAGUCAGACAUUACACAGCCUGCUCCGCCACCGUAUCAACAAGGAUACCCUAACGCUGGAUAUCCUCCUCCGGGGAGCUAUCCCAUCCCUUCUGGCUAUCCGGCCAUGCAAUACGGAGCUCCUGGUGGCCAACCGAUUCCUCAGGCUCAGUAUGGACAAGGGCCUUAUCCGGGACAGCCGCCGAUCACUAUACAGCCGACGGUUUAUAUAAACCCAACUCCACUUGCCAAGCCACUGCCGGAUUACUUGGGUUACUCUAUCUUUACCCUGCUGUGCUGCUGCUUCCCUAUAGGAGUUGCUGCUCUGAUUUACUCCAUCUUUACUCGAAAUGCAAAUGUGUCCGGACAACAAGGAAUAGCAGAGAAAAACUCAAGGAUGGCACGCAUCCUUAACCACACCGCUCUCGGUAUCGGCCUUACCUUUUUUGUGUUGUACAUCAUCUACAUCAUUGUCAUUACCAUCCACUUCAAAAAGCAGACAUCUCCAUAGAGGGAGAUAGUGAGGGUCUAAUUAUACGACAUAUUAAUGUUUUAAUGAGUUUUGUUAUCACAUUUUGCUUGAUAUUGCUCAUAUUUUGAUGCAGAUUUUAAGGCUUUAUGGGCGGAGCCGUAUGAAGGGCCACCGAGCAAUGAAUCCAUGUGUUAUGUCCAGCAUUUUAUUAAUUACUUCAUAAAAACAAAUGCUUUAAAUGUUUAUUGUGUUUUAACAGAAUGUGCGCUUCAUUGGAAAUGUUUUAUGAAAUGAGACAUUUAUUGUUUUAAUUAAAUAAUACAUUUUAAAUGACUUGUAAGUAACCUAAAUACAUGCAUUUACAGAUCUCAGUACAUUCUUGUAAGAUAUAACCUCAUGGCAUAUUUAAUGGUCUGUUACACUAUCCUAGACAAUUUAAUUGAAAAUUCUGUGUCAAUUUCAUGCUAAAUUUAAAGUGUUUUUCUAUCUGCUUGUAAGUUUGUCGCAAUCAUUGCAUAAAGAUUGUAGAGAACAAUUAAUUUUACAUUUAACAGCAUUUAAAGUUAAAGACACAAUAUGUGAUGUAUACAAAAUAUCCAUAAACCACUAUUGUGAUGUAUAUGUUGUUCAGUGACACGACGGUGUUUACAAAAAGAUCAUGACAUUUUGUUAAAACCAAGUGGCUUCUGUAGUCGGAUAUCUCAUCCGAUCUCUUGUUUCCCACACAAUAAAAAAAAUAUUUCAGCA